AGGACAGCCCCCAAAAAACAGGCCCCACACAGAGAGGAAAAGGAAAGCGGUCAGUGAAAGAGAGAGGGAAGCCCCGGUGAGCCGCUCCACUGAUGCUAAUCCCGGACUCAUACAAACCAUGCAUUCUGUAAGCAGGUCGUGGCUGCUGCUUACAGGCUUUAUUGUGUUUUAUAUCAUCUACCUGCUGUUCGGAGCGCUGGUUUUCUCCAGCAUCGAGCGGCCGGUGGAGGAAAAGCUGCGACAUGACAUGGAAGCCCUGAAGCAGGAGUUUCUGAACGAGAGCUGCGUCAACAGCGCGUCGCUGGAGCACUUUCUGGUCAAAGUUCUAACGGCAAACAAGUACGGCGUCUCCGUCCUCAGAAACUCCACCGUCACCUCCAACUGGGACCUGGCAUCCUCCAUGUUCUUCGCCAACACUCUUGUCACAACUGUCGGUUAUGGUCACACCACUCCUCUCUCUGACACUGGAAAAGCUUUCUCCAUCCUCUACGCCCUGAUAGGAGUCCCCUUCACCAUGCUGGUGCUCACCGCCUGCGUCCAGAGGAUCAUGUACCCUCUGGUCCUCGCUCCUGUCGGCCUCCUGCAGCGUUCAGGCAUGGAGCCGCGGCCGGCCACUGUUGUCCACUUCGUGUUGCUGCUGGUACUGGUGGUGUUGUGCUUCUUUGUGGCGCCAGCGGCUGUGUUCAGUGCAGUGGAGCUGUCCUGGACAUUCUUGGAUGGCAUCUACUUCUGCUUCAUCUCGCUGUGCACCAUCGGACUGGGAGAUUUUGUUCCGGGGACACAGCCUGGGCAGAAGUACAGGGCGCUUUACCAGGUCGCUGUCAUGGUCUACCUGUUCGUGGGUCUGAUGAUGAUGUACCUCCUGCUGCGCACCUUCCACAAAAUGGCUGACCUGCACGGCCUGACCACCUUCCUGCAGCUGCCGCGUUGUGAGGAUUCAGACCAGGAAGAAGACAGGGAGCCCAUUGUGGAGGCAAAAUCUGAAGAUCAAACGCCCCAAUACCUGACAGAAAAAGAGUCCAGUAAGCCCCUGGAGCCAGGAUCACAGCCCUCAUACAACACCAUCAACACAGGUUGACCUGUGGUGGUGGGGCGGGGGGCAGAGAAAAGAAAAGAGAAGCUCUACCUCUGGCACCCAGACUUUUGGGCUGAAUCUGAAUUCUUGUCUUAAUUUUUUCAUUUUGUUCUCCUUAGUCUCCUUGUUACAAAUGUGCAGAGGAGACCACAAACAAUAAUGAGGAAGUAAGAUGAGUUUUAAGAUUCAGCCAACGACUGCCAAACUAUUUGUGAGUGGUUAUUAAUACACACUGCUUUCUGCACAUAUGAAGGGACUAUCCUGACUUGACUAGGGCAACCCGCCUUGGCUAAAUGAUGUGAUAACAGAUGUUUUCUUCCUCAACACUGGUGUAACUGUGGUGUGUUCACCAUGCAAGCUUGGCUGCUGUGUCCACAGCCUCAGGAUAGCACAUGAAGGGCUACGGAGCAAGAACUUUUGAUACAUGGUUGGUUGUUUUCAGAUCACUUUUGUCUUGCAUGCAUUUAUGUCACAUUGCUUUUGUUGCCACAGGUUUAAGUUUUUAGUUUAAGAAUUACAAAUAUGGUAUUUAAUUGUGGAGAAUUUAAAUAUUGGUGGCAAACACAAUCUUUGGAUGCACUUGCCAUUUCAGCUUUUAUGAAAAUCUAUCAUUGACCAGACCAUCCAGUCAUACUUAGAGCCAGGAAUGGCCAUUAUCCACUUUUGCACCACUUGAAUUCAUCUUCAUAAGAAUGAAUGAUCACAACUGCGGUGAAAUGACAAGUGAAUCCAUUACAACUUUAGAUAACUCCCUCAAGUAAAGGUCACAUUGGACUUACACUUACGCAUUUAAAACACUCAGGAAUUUGACUGGGAUGUGCUUUAUGUUUCAGUCAGAUUGUCUGUGUGAAAGUAGUGACUUUCUUGUGUCUGGGUCAGCCUCGAACAACAGAAACCACAGAUGAGCUCUGUGUUUGCCUCAGGACAUGGGCUGUCCUCCUUUAUGGUGCUGCCCCCUGGUGUCUACAUGUAUGUAGCACAACAUGUUACUUCACCUCCAAAGCAGUGAUAAAUAGGGUCAAAGGGUUGGACUAGAGGGAUUGAGGAGGAGAAAAGAAAUUGACUGUAAAUUUAAAAAAAAAUGUGUAAUUUUGGUGAAUGAAGAAGUGGUUAAUUUCAGUGGGAAACCAAAUGUUACUUGUCAAAUGCAACAUGUUCUGUGUGAUUUAAAGAUCAUGAACACAUGCAUGAAAUGCACUUUAAUGUUCACACCAGUUAUUGUUUAUUUUACUGUCAAAGUUGUAGUUUAUAAAUAGGUUAAUUAUAUCCUGAUACUGUAACAUAAGUUGACUCUGUCCAUGUUGGUGGCUGUUGUUGUACUUUAAUAAUAUCAGUUCAACGUGGAUUCACAUUGGACAAGAAUAAAUUGAAAAUAAACUUUU